GUAAAAUUGUGUGAAAAGGCUCGGACAAUGGCUUGUGAAUUUGUGAUCAGUGCAACCUAACCAGUGAAACUAGAAUUUGUGGUGUAAACUACAGAUAUAUGAAGGAUGAGAGAAUUAAAUUAGUGUCUUUUCUGAGUUGAACAAAACCAUGUGAAAGAGUCAAUUCAAAUACGCAACCACCAGACAUCAAUACCCCACUUAGCCAUAGGAAACAGCACCAUUCACCAGCAAAACUCAUUCUUCAAAAACUCUAUAAAAACAAGUAUCAAAGGAACCUUGAAACACCAAAUUCAACUCAAGCAUAUUCAAGCAUUACUUCCUCCUCUAGUUGGUUACGUGCUAAUCAGAUCAAAACUUCAGGUGUUUCAUACGUUCUUUCAUCUCAAACAAAUGGGGAUUCGAUUGCUAUCCUUGGUUCCUCAUGCCAAGCAAAUCCUAAAGAUGCAGUCCGGUAUCACUAAAAGUCAGUUGGAUGUUCCAAAAGGUCAUGUAGCCGUGUAUGUGGGAGAGAUCCAAAGGAAGCGGUUCGUGGUUCCAAUAUCAUACUUGAACCACCCAUCAUUCCAGCAACUUCUCAGCCGUGCAGAGGAAGAGUUUGGCUUCCAUCAUCCGCAUGGGGCUCUAACAAUUCCUUGCAGAGAGGAUGCCUUUAUUAAUCUUACUUCAAGAUUGCAAGUCUCUUAAAGUACAAGGAUUGAAGAAAAACCUUCCAGUUCUAACAAUUUUUCUGGGUUUUUUCCCUGAUUCAUUAGACUUUUGACUCAUACAGGAAUUUUGUAGAAUGUAACACUUUCCUGCCUGAAAAUGAGUGGCAUUAUAAAGGUGUAUUUACUAACAUCAUUGAAUCUAAAGAACAGACGCAUUCAGCAUCAA